AUGCUUCCCCUGCGAGUGACCAACAACUGCAAGGAGCCCGUUUGGCCAGCCAUCCUCACACAGGAAGGCACUCCACCCGCCAGCUCCGGCUUCCUUCUCAAUCCUGGCGAAACAAAUCCGCAGACAGUCGGACUAGAUUGGAAGGGACGGGUGUGGGCACGCACAAACUGCAGUUUCCCUGGUACGGGAUCUAAGCCUUCGAGCGGGCAAGGUGGUGCUCCCUGCCAGACGGGCGAUUGUCGGUCUUUUGAUGUGAUCAGCGAGACCGAACCUGGCGUGACUUUGGAUGGAUUGCGUGUGGCUGAUCAAGUUCUGUGGAUACAGGGGCAACCACCAGCGACGCUCGCCGAAUUUACCUUGUCAUCAGCCACGAAUCAAGCCUUUUACGACAUCUCGCUGGUGGAUGGCUACAACAUCCCGGUUGGCAUCAUCUCCUUGCUCGGGCAAAGCGGCAACCCCAAUCUGACGGACAUUCCUCCCAACCUGACAAAUCCAGUGUGUAUUGGCACGUCCUCUCUUCUGGCCCCAGUUGGGGACACCAGCGACGCCGAGUUCGGCACCAACUCAACCUUCCCUUUACCGCUCGAUCAAUCCAUCACAUCCUCCUUUGUGCAAGACUGGUGCCCCUGGCCCCUUCAACUCGCACCACCCACCAAACCGGGUGAUGGAGUCUACCCUUACCCGGACGACAAUAUCCAGCGGCCAAUCUUCAACCCCUGUCUCAGCGCCUGCGCAAAGUGGAAUAAAGCUAAGUACUGCUGUACCGGUAAGCACGGUACACCCGCUUCCUGCACUCCCAGCUUGUACUCUCAGCAAGCGAAGAAGGUCUGUCCCGAUGCAUACAGCUACGCGUAUGAUGAUCAGACAUCGACAUUCAUCAUUCCCCAGGGUGGAGGGUUUGAAGUCGUCUUCUGCCCGGCGGGGAGGAGUACGAAGAUCUUGCAGACCUUUGGGGAUCAAUUGAGGCAACUGGCGCAGACCGGCCACGCCACGAGAGAUAUUGUCUCAAUAGCGCAGAAUGUGACAUACAUCACGGAGAAGAGUGCUGCUUGGAGGUUCGACGAGCCGAGUCUGGACUCUGUCGUUUUGGUUUUGUUCUUGGUGUUGGCUGUGCUGGGGCAGUUCGGUCCUGUAUGA